CAGAAACAAUAUUAUUUCACAAGGUAACAUGUACUUGAUUUUGGUUCAUAAGGCCGAUUUUUGAUUUGUUGCAUCAUUAAUGUCUCUUUCUUGCUAAAAUUCACUAUUUUUAUCACGUGUUUCCCAAAAAAACUAUACAACAAUAAGUUAUACACCCCAUUACAUUAUCAAAUUUCAUACCUCACCUUCCUCUAGGGAUGGCAACAAAACCCGAACCCACGGGUACCCGCCCGACCCAACCCGGUCAACGCGGGUAAAAUCCGUGUUGACGGGUUUUGGGCCGGGUUUGGGUUUAAACCCGUUCAAUAUUCAUCGAGUUGGGUUGGGUUUGGGUUUAGGUAAACCCGACCCAUGGGUACCCGCCCACACCCAUAUAAUUAAUUUUCUCGAUAUAUUUAAUAUUCUAAUUGUGAAGACAUGUCUAAUUUUUUCUUUCUAAUUGUGUAGAAUGAAGUUGAUGUUAUCGAGUGGAGAGUGAAGAAACUUAAUUGAAAGGAAGAAGCUUUCAAUUAAUCAUGUUAUUUAUGGAUAAUUUAUUAUUUGCUUGAAUUUUCUAGAAUGGUAUUUUAUAUAUGGAUAAUUUGUAUUGAGAGAUUGAUAUUUGACUUUAAUUUUGAUAGGAACUUGUUAUUGUAAAUUUUUUAAGACAAAAACCUGUGGGUACCCAUGAACCUGCGGAUACCCAAGGGGUUGAGUUUUUCAAACCCAGUGGAUUUUACCCCGAAUUUUUUUCACGGAUAAACCCAUGAAUUUGGCAAAACCCGACCCAACCCGACCCAUUGCCAUCCUACCUUCCUCCGACCAACUGGUGGGGGCCCACACUAGUACUAAAUAGGAUCCAUCACCGUCUGAAGGACAUUCAUUUUGUAGAAUAUUCAGUGCAACGAAUCGCAGUCUGCCACCCGGAUUAUAUCUGUUUUUUUCUGAAAUAAAUAAAUUAGUUUCUCCUUUUCCGCCGGGAAACGCUCCCCCACAUAUAAAUACAGUUGGACAGCUCCCCUCAGUCCUGCAUCUUCCCCGUGAAGCCAAUCAAUCCAUCUCCUAGUCACAGGCGGAAGCUCCACAUCCUCCCUUUUCCCUCUCUCUCUCUCCCCACAACGCUUCCUUUAUCCUCUCCAAUUCGAUCCUUGACUCUAAUUCAAUUCCAAACGCGCGCCAUGGAAGAGGCCAGGGAGAGUCUGGUCAGGAAAACUUACUCCACCACGAAUCCCAAAUUCUCCCGGAGCAUAUCGCACGCCGCCGACGAGCUGCAGUCCUUCCGCAAUUGCCUCUGGUGGAUGUGCCUGGACCAGUCCGAUUUCUGGUCCGCCUCCUUCUCCUGGUCCGUCUUCGUCCUCCUCGCGCUCGUCGUCCCCGCGGUCUCCCACUUCGUCCUCGCCUGCUCCUCCUGCGACAGCACGCACGAGCGGCCCUUCGAUCGAGUCGUCCAGAUCUCGCUCAGCGGCGUCGCCUCGCUCUCCUUCCUCUGCCUGUCGAGGUUCGGCCGCAAGUACGGCCUCCGGCGGUUCCUCUUCUUCGACCGCCUCUGCCACGACAGCGACACCGUCAGGCAAGGAUACACCAAGAAGCUCGAUAGAUCACUGAAGCUGCUGGCGAUCUUCGUCCUCCCCUGUUUCGUGGCAGAAUCGGCGUACAAGAUAUGGUGGUACGGUUCGGGCGCUUCACAGAUCCCAUUCCUAGGCGACGUCCUCCUAAGCGACACCGUCGCUUGCGCAAUGGAGCUCCUCUCAUGGCUCUACCGCACGACCAUAUUCUUCCUCGUCUGCGUCCUCUUCCACCUGAUCUGCCACCUCCAGAUCCUGCGCCUCCAGGACUUCGCCAAGUUCUUCGAGGUCGAUUCGGACAUGGGCGACGUGCUGUACGAGCAUCUCAAGAUCAGGAAGCACCUCAGGAUCAUCAGCCACCGGUACCGCUCCUUCAUGCUCUGCACCUUGAUUAUGGUCACGGGCAGCCAGUUCGCCUCCUUGCUCGCCACCACUAAGGCCGGCGCCAUAGUCGAUGUCUACGGUGCUGGAGAACUUGCGCUCUGUUCGAUGACACUUGUGGCGGGUAUACUGAUUCUGCUGCGAAGCGCGACGAAGAUCACCCACAAGGCACAGGCUGUGACGUGCUUGGCUGCUAAAUGGAAUGUUUGCGCCACGCUAGAGCGCUUCGAUGCGACGGAAGGUGAGACUCCCACUGCUGCCAUGGUGGCUGAUGGUGCUGCCGAGUCCGAAACAGAGACCGACGAGGCAGGGGACGAGGAGGACGAGUUGGAUAACUCGAAAAUCAUCCAUGCUUACGCCUACAGCACGCUCUCGUUCCAGAAGCGACAAGCAUUAGUGUCAUACUUCGAGAACAACAGAGCAGGGAUCACAGUUUAUGGGUUCACCCUCGACAGGACGACCCUGCAUUCGAUUUUUGGGUUUGAGCUCGCUCUUGUUCUCUGGUUGCUAGGGAAGACCGUCGGUAUUUCUUAAAGUGUAGAGUUUUUGUCUCUUGUAACUUGAUUAAGAUGGAUUCUAUGUAUAAUAGGAUCAAUCACUUGUCACAAAAUGUCUUGAAAAUGAUCAAAAUAUGCCAUGAAAUGUGGAUUUGUAAGUAAUUGUAAAAAAUCACAUGUAUAAUUACUAUUGUUCACUUUAAGAACAGCGGCCGGCGGUAAAUGUUAUUAAUCCCAUUGAUGGGUACAUAAGGUAUAUUUUUCAAAGUUGGGAGAGAGGGAGGAAGGACUUGAUAGAUUCGUGUUGUGUAUAUUUUGAAGUGUGAUUCGACGGUGCGUAAAGAAAUAUAAUGCCUUUGUCAAAGGAAAAAAAAAGACAAUUUACAAGCCAGAAGCACAAUCACAAACAAAAGGACUAGGUGAGGGUGCACACAUGAUAUCAACAAGAGCCGUUGCGACUCUCGAUGUUAAGGUCAAGUACCAUAAAACUUUUUAUCCACGUCGAGCUAAAUACUAUCAUCUUCUCAAGAGGAUAACUCCACCAUCUCAUCAAGAGUGUCCUACACUCGAUUACUUACAAGAAGGUUAACGAAUUCGUGAUACCGAGGUCACAUUGAUGUCACCAUUAGCAUGUAUUAUUGGGGCCAUGACAUCUCAGAACCGUAGAUACUAAGAUCGUGAAAUCGAGCUCGUGACAUAGAUCAUGAUGUACUCUUCCACUAUAUAGAAUAAUAUGAGGUUAACUCUCUCCUUAGUUUUGGAUGGUUACUAACUUGAGCGUCAGAUGGUCUGUCUUUUGUAGGCACCACUAUGAAGAUAUGUACGAGGAGUCAAGGACUAGGAGCAGAUAUUGAAGACUCGAAAGGGGUGACUUAAUUGGGGAAUGGAUCACAAGGGAGAUUUUUGUGGACAAUGAUGGUUAGUGAAGUAUGGCGUGAACGUUGUCGAAUACUCUUUGGGAAGAUGAAGCUGCUAGUGAAAAUGAAAGAUAUGGUUUAGUUGAAGUGUUUAAGUACAAGCUCAUUUGUUGUAGGGUAUGAUAUGAAAUGGAGGGAACGAAUGUCUUGAAAUUUGUUAUAGUUCGGAGAAUAAUAGAUAGGAUUAGGGGGUGGAAAUUGGGGUGGGUGUGGUUACCCCAUAUUUUGCGGGUAACCACACCCACAAAUAUAGAAUUAUGCUAUCCACAACCCGCUCCGCGGUGGAUAGUGGCUAAUCACUAUCCGCUGCGGGUUGGUUGUGGGUACCCACAAAAAUUUCAUCAUUAAAUAAAAUAAUAUGGUAAUUAAUUAGUGAAGUUGUGUUUCUUCUCACACAAAAAUAAAUACAUACAUAAAAGAAAGUUAAUAAA